GUUCAAGAUAAUAAACCAAGCCGUGCCCUGGUAUCAACAAUUUUAAAAAAUUCGCCUUUCCCGACUGCGCUCGUCACUCCUCUUCUGUCCACUCCUUUUUUUGCUACCAUUAUGCUACCAUAGCGCAAUGCAAGCAUCUGCGCGCAGCAGCAAGAGAUCGGGGCGAGCAGCAGCAGCGGCAGCAGCAGCGGGCCCCACCCUGCUCCAGCGCGGCUGCAGAUGUAAAUUUGCCGCUGCCCUCGUGGGCCUUCAGCCGCAGGAGGAGUAUUGCUCACUAAAUCUCACAUCAGAUUACAGGAGUUGGACUGUGAUCCGUGACAGCUUGGGCGGCAAGCUGGACGCCUCCGCCUUGCCCGAGAAACCGCCAUACGGCACCGCCUGCAGGCCUGCAUCCCGCCAGGGCCUUUCAUGGUGGCCAUUGUCAAACAGGUGCAUGACGCGGUUGCAGGCUCAGUUCAACCGCAAUGGCUCCAAUUACUUCGAGAAGGCGGAGGGGGAUCAACAUGAGAAGAAGGCUGGCGCGUGGAGUGAGGACAAGACCAUUCCCAUCCCACCGCCAGCCCUGUCAGCGGAGAUGGAGGCAGAGUUGCGGCGGGUCCACGCUGAAGAGGAGGCAGCCCAGGCGCGGGCAGACAAGGCCCGCGCUGAAGGGGAGGCAGCCCAGGCGGGCAGCAGCCACACCAGCAGCGGCGAGCGGCCACCCAGCAGCAGCGCGGCGGCACCAGCAGCAGUGGCCACUGCAGCACCGCCUUUGGAGCAGCCGGGGCCAUCACGCAAACGUGAGCGAGAGCCAACAGCGGAUGAGCAGGACGACUUGAAGUACUACCAGUUCAAGAGCAUGUGGAGGGACCUAGACACUCCGCACAAGAGGCGGUUUGUCGCGUCCGUCAUGGGUGCAGGGAGCCCGAUGGAGAAGCUGGCUCCCUCCCCGCCGCCGCCCCAGCCGCCCCAGCUGCCCCAGCCGCCCCAGCCGCCGCCCCAGCUGCCCCAGCCGCAGCAGCAGCCACAGCAGCCGCAGCAGCCACCGACACAGCACGAACCACAACCUACAGAGGCCAGUGGCGGUGGUGGCUGCAGCGGCAUUACUGGUGCCGCACCAGCAGCAGCCACGGCGCCCUCGCUGGGGUCGGGAGGCAGUGUGUCGCCUGAGGCGCUGGCGGCGUCGGCUGGGGUCAGUAGCAGGUGUGCGGGUGGCUCGCUGCGGUGCAGCGGCAGUGCCACUAACUUGCUGCAGACUCAGCAGCAGGGGCUUGGUGUGGCUGCUGGGUUUGCAGCAGCAGGGGGGAACCCGAUGGCGGCGGGGCUUCAUGGCUCCCAGCCCCUAUCCCCAGGGCUGUCGCAGCAGGCGCCGCCACAGCAGCGGGAAGAGGAGGGGGAGGAGGAGGCGUCGGGUGGGGAGGGUAAGGAGGAGGGAGGGAGGGGUGAUGAGGCGGCGGCGUGCCUACCACCACCACAGGUGCUGCUGCCGCCGCCACCGCUGCCUCUGGACCCCAGCAGCCAGCUGUUCGAGGGUAGCAUGUCCCAGGCAGAGGUUGCUGACGCAGCCGAUGUGUUCUACGACCUGAAGCACGAGGCAGCAGCAGCAGAGGAGAAGGAGGAGGAGGCAGCGGCGGAGGAGGGGGGCACGGCAGCCACGGAGGCCACGGAGGAGGGUGGGGAGACCACAGCAGCGGCAGCAGCAGCAGCAGCAGCGCCGGGUGCUGUUGAGCCUUCGUUCCCUCGGCUGGUUGAGUCUCAGCACAUCGACGCCGCCCUGAACCCUGGGGAAAACAACGUUGGUGGCGGCGAGACCAUCACUGGGACGGGCUUCUACGGCACCAUCAACGCUGCCUGCACCAUGCAGAUCUUCUUGGUGCUGUUCGGCAUCCUGAGCGGCGCCUUUGCCUGGCCUGUGAUGUUUGAUGCUGGUGUGGGCCUGGGCAGGCCACUGGUGGCGGCCUUCACUCGGGGCCUGUGCGCAUACGCGUACGGCAACGACUCCUGCCCGUCCAGGGUGGAUAAGGCCAUCAAGUUCAUGCGCAUGUUCGUGGAGUUCAUCAAGGGCAAGGGCGUGAAUGUGACUGCCCAGUUCCUGGCGCGGCGACCUGCUGUCUUCGCCAUGACAAUGGAGGACAUGGCCAAGGUACCCCAAGGCCUGGAGGGCGUCACGCACGUGUUCACGUUCUGGCAGGGCAUCCCCGCCUCAGCAAAGGAUGCGCUGGGGGCCAUGUUUGCGGCCUCGUCCACAACCGUGGGCAUUGCGGUCGUGGACAAAGGAGCAGGAGUGCUCAUGGAGCGGCAGCUAGGACAGCACGGGUUUGGGCCACUGGAGCUGGUGAAGCAGUUUGCUGUGCGCAUGUACGGCAGCAACUCCCAGAAGCAAGUGUGGGUGUUCAAGAAGCCCGGCGCAGUGUACAGGGAGCUGCCGGAGGAGAAGCUGGUGGACUACGCCCCCUACGUCCACCAGCCGCACCUGCCCGUCCCCCCGCGCAUUGAGUGGAUGCACGCGCUGUACCAGGCGGCGCUGGCGGAGGAGGCGCGGAAGUAUAAGCUGUCUGUCGCAGAGGGCAAGGGAGAGAGGGACAGGAGGCCGCCCCAGAGGUUUGGCUUCUCGUAGCGAGCGAGCAAGAUGUUCUGUAGCAGCAGAGGAGGAGGCAGGCAGGCGGGAAGGGAGUGGAGUGGAGUGGAGUGGAGGCAGAGGCAGCGGCAGAGGCAGCGGCAGAGGCAGCGGCAGAGGCAGAGGCAGAGGCGUGUGUGCCCACAUUCAUUCAUGAUGCAUUGCAAAGUGUCAAGAACAUACUGUACCUAUGAUUAAGCGUUUUGAUUAUGAAGUAAUGAAGGGUUUGCGCGGGCGCGGGGCGGUAGAAGCGAUGAGGGAAGAGGCGUGCGAGGGCAUGCGGCCGCGCCGGGGGGGGGGGGGAGAGCAGGAGGGGAGAGGGGGACGGCGAAGUCCGGAGCGAGUUCGCUAAGUCAGUGCAGUGUUUACCUGGUGACUCGAUGCAAAUAUAUAAUACAACUGAUCAUUUAAACAUGUAAUUUAUCAGCUGG